AGUGAAGUUGAGUUGUAUUUUUUCAUUUUCAGAAAAGAUAAAGAGGGAGAAGGGAGGUAUGAGCCUAUGAGGUAAUGUUAGAAGAUGACAUCGAAUAUUCAUUUGGUUAAACCCUCCUUCCCUCCUAAAAUCCUACCAAGCAGAUAUCCUCCAUCUCCAUUCACCGCUUUUAAUUUGCACCUUAAACUUCGUCGGAAUCCCCUAUCUAUUCGCUCCAAUCUCCAACUUUGUCAAGCUGCCUCCACUUCCAAUUCUGAUGAAGAUGAAUCAGCUCAGCAGUUUUUUGAGAAACUGAAGGAGGCAGAGCGUGAACGGAUAAAUAAUUUAGAGGAGUUUGAAAGAAAGGCAAAUGUUCAAUUGGAGAGGCAGCUUGUGUUGGCUUCAGAAUGGAGUAGGAAAUUGCUGUCCAUGCAGGGAAAGCUGAAGGGGACAGAGUGGGAUCCUGAACAUUCUCAUAGGAUAGACUACAGUGAAUUUCAAAACCUUCUGAAUGCAAACAAUGUGCAGUUCAUGGAGUAUUCGAACUACGGGCAGACAGUAUCAGUGAUUCUGCCAUAUUACAAGGAUGGAAAAGCAAAUCGUUCAGGAGGGGACACUAAAAAGGAAAUUGUUUUCAAGCGUCAUAUUGUUGACCGGAUGCCAAUAGAUAGCUGGAAUGAUGUUUGGAGGAAGUUGCAUCAACAGCUUGUAAAUGUUGACGUGUAUAAUGCGAAUACCAUCCCUGCUGAAGUUUACUCUACUGUCGCGACAGCAGUUGUGUGGUCUAUGCGGCUGGCCCUUUCAGUUCUAUUGUACAUUUGGAUUGAUAAUAAGAUGAGACCAAUUUAUUCGAAACUAAUACCUUGCGAUUUGGGAAGCCCUCCCAAAAAGAUAAGAGAGCCACUCAAGCAGCGUGCGCUUGGUUCAUUAGGAAAGAGCCGUGCAAAAUUCAUAUCAGCAGAAGAAAAAACUGGUAUAACUUUUGAUGAUUUUGCUGGCCAAGAAUAUAUUAAGAGAGAACUUCAAGAGAUUGUUCGGAUACUGAGGAAUGAAGAAGAGUUUCAAGACAAAGGGAUUUAUUGCCCAAAAGGUGUGCUUCUCCAUGGUCCUCCUGGAACUGGCAAAACACUUCUGGCAAAAGCUAUAGCUGGAGAAGCAGGACUACCUUUUUUUGCUGCUAAUGGUACUGAUUUUGUCGAGAUGUUUGUUGGUGUGGCUGCUUCACGUGUGAAGGACCUCUUUUCCAGCGCCAGGUCAUUUGCUCCUUCUAUUAUUUUCAUUGACGAGAUAGAUGCAAUUGGCAGCAAACGUGGUGGACCUGAUAUUGGCGGGGGUGGUGCAGAGAGGGAACAAGGGCUUCUUCAGAUUCUGACAGAAAUGGAUGGAUUUAAAGUGUCAACAUCACAGGUCUUAGUUAUUGGUGCAACCAAUAGAUUGGAUAUUCUUGAUCCUGCCCUGUUACGAAAAGGUCGUUUUGACAAGAUUAUUAGGGUUGGUUUGCCCUCAAAAGAUGGUAGAUUGGCCAUAUUGAAGGUGCAUGCUCGAAACAAAUUUUUCCUGUCCGAAGGGGAAAAGGACACUCUAUUGCAGGAAAUUGCAGAGCAAACAGAAGAUUUUACUGGAGCUGAACUUCAAAAUAUAUUGAAUGAAGCUGGAAUUUUGACUGCGAGGAAAGACUUGGACUAUAUAGGACGAGAUGAACUACUUGAGGCAUUAAAGAGGCAAAAGGGCACAUUUGAAACGGGUCAAGAAGAUAGUACUGAGGUACCUGAGGAGUUAACUCUAAGACUAGCUUACAGAGAAGCUGCUGUUGCAGUACUUGCAUGUCACCUUCCAGAUCCCCACCGACCAUUCAGUGAGACGGAUAUCAAAUCCAUCCGUAGUCAACCCAAUAUGCAAUUCGUGGAGAUUGGAGGCAGAGUGUUUAAAAGGAAAGCAGAUUAUGUGAACUCAAUAGUCCGUGCAUGUGCUCCCAGAGUAAUUGAGGAAGAAAUGUUUGGAGUUGACAAUCUAUGUUGGAUCUCUGCAAAAGCAACUUUAGAAGCUUCCAGGCUUGCAGAAUUUUUGAUACUGCAGACAGGGUUGACUGCCUUGGGAAAGGCUUAUUACAGAUACCAGAGAGAUCUCUUACCAAAUCUAGCUGCUAAAAUUGAAGCACUUAGAGAUGAGUACAUGCGAUUUGCUGUGGAGAAAUGUUUAUCGAUUUUAAGGGAGAACCACGAAGCUGUAGAGACAAUUACAGAUGUGUUGCUUGAGAAAGGAGAGAUCAAAGCGGAUGAAAUUUGGAGCAUUUACAAAAGCUCGCCUAAAAGUCCUCAGCCUACUGUGAGUCCGAUCGAUGAAUAUGGAUCCCUUAUAUAUGCUGGACGGUGGGGAGUCCAUGGAGUUUCACUUCCAGGGAGGGUGACAUUUGCACCUGGAAAUGUUGGAUUUGCAACUUUUGGUGCACCACGACCCAUGGAGACCCAGAUAAUUAGUGAUGAAACAUGGAAGCUGAUUGAUGGCAUAUGGGAUAAAAGGGUUGAGGAAAUGAAAGCAGAUGCAUCACUAGAAAUUGAAGAAAAGGAGGAGAAGCCAAAACUUCUGAUGGCCAGUCAUUUCCUAUAGCAUCCAAAUAUCCGAUACAGGCUGCUGGACUCUUCAAUCAUUGUUUGUUCUAGAUACAAGCCGCCAAGCACUCACGUGUCACAAAGAAGUGUCUUGACAUCUGUAGCAUAUUCAGUUUUUUUGAGAAGAGCUAGUCUCUCGGCUCCGGCUACGCUAUGCGUAUAUUCAUGUGAGGGUUGGAUGAUGAUAAAUUGUUUCAACGAGGCUAAUUUAAAAGCUAGUCGCGUAUGGAGUGCUUUGGAGAAACACCGAGCUGAAAACUAACAUCCCCAGUAGCACAAGGAACAGGAGCUCAAGAGGGGUGAAGAACGUAUUCUAUAUAAUGGUUUGUAGUCCAAUCCGUCAAUCAACUCACCUGGGUUCCCAAACAGGUUGUGAAUGUGCCUUUUAGUUAAAUUUUGUAAAUUAUUCCUACACCAGCUCCAACCCCUUUCCCUGUCCACUAAAGUCCUGUCGAGAAUUUUGUAAUGUCUGGAGAUUCAACUUCCUCUGCUUCAGAAUAUUGUUGCAGGGAUUAUAAUGAUGAUACUGUCGUCAUAAUAAAAUUUUGGUAA